AUGGCGUUCGACGCGAGAAAGUCGUGGAUCAAAAAAAAAGUCAUGGGAGCCCUAAAUAUACAGGAUCCCAGCCCCUGGAAUAGCCUUAUGGCCAGAGAUGGCCAAAAGGCUGACAAGCAACUGGAGCAAUUCUUAGAAGCGGGGAACACAGGGACGGCACUGUUUUUCGCCUACAGCAAGUCAGAAGACUCUCAAGCAGAGCUCCUCGAGAUGCAAGCUAGCCCGAUCAAUCCAUCAAAGAGUCCAAGCGUCCACGUAUACGCGCUCCGGCUCUGCUCUGGGGUCAUCGAUUUGACUGGAAAAGGAGUGGAGGAGAUGAAUCGUUGCAUGCUCGUCGGCCUUGUUGGUCCCUGCAUUCUAGAGGACCUGACUCAAAUUUUAGAGUGCUUCUUGGUGCCACUUCUAUCUUACCGGCCGCAACCCAUCAGCAGCGAUGAAGUUGAACAGGCCGCAGCCGCAACUGCUAUUCCUGGAAAGCCAGCGUCCCCUGACUAUUUGAAGCUCAAAGGGAAACUUGGUUCUUCGUCGUCGACCGAUUCACACGCACCAGAGACUGAAUCGCUGGUUGACAGCGACGACGGUGAUUCCGAAGGAUCUGCAGGAUCGUCAUCGCCCAGCAGACGCGCGUCAACGUCGGCAGCAGAAGCAGAAACCAGUGCAGCGAUUGUGGGCCCAGAAGGCUCUCCAGAAGAUUACACGGCGGUCGAAGAGGUCGAAAACGGGAAUGUCACGGAAGAAAGCACUUCUGCUUUGGACCCAGAGUGCAAAAGUGAAGCGCUCAGCGCAACUCAGGAGCUACUGACGCACCUGAAGGCGGCGUCAAGUAAAAUGGCAGUACCACUUCCAAUGCCCAUUGUAGAGACAUCCUCUCUAUCUGGCCAUGAGAGUGCAGCUAACGUUGCCAAUUUAGAAGCUACAAUAGCAUUGUGGCGGAAGCUCAUACUGGAGCUCUUGGAGGCUGAGAGCCACCGUGAGCCCGACAGUUUUUUGCCGUUAUCAGAGGUCAAUUUUUGGAGGGACAGACACACCUCAGUUUCCCUGCUCUACGAGCAACUCCUCGCGCCGCAGUGUCAACAGGCAAUACAACUGUAUGAAGAAGCCCAGCCCGAUUCUGCAGUUCUGGCAACAUUCAGAAAAUCUCUGAAUGAGCUGCAACAACUGCAUCAAGAAUCCAUGAGCAAUGUUCGUUUCCUAUCAACUCUCGAGAGGUACUUCACGACGCUGGAAACGAGCCCGCUGGGGCCCAUGGCUGACACGAUUGCCUCGCUAAUGAACGCUUUGCGAAUGGUCUGGAUAACAUCUAGACACUUCACCACCGACGAACGCAUGCAAAACCUGCUGGAAAGGAUUGCUCACCAGUUGGAGAUGCGCAUCCGUCAAGACGUCUGCGUAGAACAACUCCUACGGAAAGAUGUCGAAGAGGCCAGCACUAUUUUGCAACAAUCGCGUGCUUUGCUUGAAACAUGGAAGGCGGAGUACUUCAGGAUGAGGUCACGCCUUGAAGAGUCGGAAUGCAACAGAAGGGUAUUUUGUGAAAAGGACUCAGAGGAGGUCUCGCUAACUGUGAAUCAAUUCUGGAGAAGAACAGAAGAGCUUGAAGACGAGUGCAUAACGUUUCUGGAUACGAAAUUCACGAGGCUCCGUUCUGCUCUUAGUGCUUUCGAAAUGCUCAAGGAUUUCACGACAACUGCUAGCAGACCAAGGAUCAACGUGAAGCUCGGGGAAAAGUUUGUAGACAUUCUGAAGCACUUCAAUACUGAGGUCGAUCGUAUGCGUGGACUAUUCGAAGAAGGGAAGGAUAACCCCUGCUUACCGAGCCACAUGCCGCCUGUCUCCGGGGCAAUUUUGUGGUCAAGUGGACUUUUACAAGCUCUCAAAGCGAGCGUUCUUGCCUUCAAGCAGAUGCCAGAAGUCUUUGACUUUGAUCAGGCAGAGGAUGUCUUCGGCAACUACCUUUCCUUUGCGAAGUCAAUUACAGCUUACCAGAAUUCCCUAGUCCAGAGGAUGUCUUCGGCAACUACCUUUCCUUUGCGAAAUGUUUGGGUUGUUAUGCAAGAAGCCCGCCACCUAGACCAACUUGGUUUGCGUGAAGCCCCUGCAGCUGUCGUGAAUGUCGCUUUGCACAAGGUGAGCAUCCGAGCUGUGCUUUUGAGGGCAGUUCAUCCUGGUCUUACUACCUUAAAUUGGACAAGCUUGGGGCUGGAGGAUUUCGUCAGCUCGUGCCUGAAGUCUUUGACCAUCUUCAAAGCUACGUGCGAGCAAGUUUUCAAGAACGUGGAAAUCAUUGAACAAAUUGUUAAGGAGAUCGAAAACGCACAGUUGGUUAGAGACCUUAAUUGGGAUUCUUUUGAACCCUUUGCGAUACAGGACUUCUACGAAUACAUAGAGGAACACAGAGCUCGCGUAGUUGAAGGACUUCAAGGCAGAUAUGAGUCAAUAACCUCCUACCUGAAAAAGAUUGAAGAGCUGCUCGAGGGCAGGAUGACUGGGUCCAGCGAAGCGAUGGCUUCUUACUACCAUUACUGGGAGCGUCGAAUUUUUAAUGCUAUAGCGACAAUGCUUAUUAGAGCCACAAGUCGCUUUCGAGCUUUCUUCACCUUGUCGUCCUCAGCAUGUCGUUGGCCGCCAGUCCUUCGGGUUUCGACUGAGUUAAAUGAUAAAGACGUUGUUAUCCACGGAAGCACUCAUUCCAUUUUCAAAACCAUAUCCAGACUCAUGCAGAAUAUUAUUGCCUCGGCAAUGAGCUUCUCGCGUUGGAUGCAUGGAACCUGCAAGUGCGUUCCCAUCCAGCAGCUUCCGGGGGGUGACGAGACAGCAGCGGUCCAGUUUACUUUCUACAAUGAGGUUGCCCGAAUACCGGCACUCAUCAGUAGCACCGUUGCAACGCAUCAAGCCAUCCAAAGGGCAUUCCAGCAUAUAACGAAGUAUGUAAAGAACUGGAGCAAGUACGAAGUUGAGUGGGCACUGUGGAACCCAGAUCGCAAGUCUCAACUGGAACAGCUCAUUGUCAAAAGACCCAACUUGGUGUAUUUUGACGUGUAUGUCCGGGCCUAUGAGAAGCUUGCUGCGGAGCUAGGCACGAUUCCUAAAGUAAAUACUGUUGGCUUUAUUCAACUCGACUCUUCGACUGUCAUUGAGGGAAUACGGAAGCAGGCCCUCGUGUUAAGCAGAGCAUAUGCAGAGACCCUUCAUGAAAUCGCGAAGCGGGAAAGGGUGGACUUGAAAAAGUUGAUAGACGAAAGACGGCAAAAGCUUGAAGUGGAGACAGAUACUUUGGAGAGAUUUAAGGUGCUCAUGGAAUCAGUGACAACCAUAAACGACAGCGCCAUGGAUGCAGAGAUACGACUGACAGAGAUGCGUGAAAUGUACAGUACUCUCCAAAGUUACGACUACCACAUAAACCAAGCUGAGAUGACGGAUUUAGCAGCUCUACCCAGCGAAUGGAAGGAGCUGAGAAACCUGGCGCAUCGUAAAACGCGGCAGCUAGCAUCUCAGCUCUACCCAGCGAAUGGAAGGAGCUGA